CAGUGAAUCUGGAUUGUUGAACCUAGCGGCCUCAUGCUCGGUUUGUGGCUGGCUGGUCAUAGGUGGGCGUUUCAAGCGGCCUCUUUGCUUACAGUAUCAGAGAAGUAGGGCUCGGCCUUGCUCUUAACAACUCAAUUGAUCCUACUUUGUUUCUUGGUUUGAUACUGCUGUUAAGAUCUGGCACGUCUAAAUAAAUGAUGAAAGAGUUGGGAAUGCGUGCAGCGUAUUAGAGUAAAGAAAGAACUAAUACGUCAGGAGUUGUGUAGUCACACAUUAUAUACAUAAGUAUUGAUAGGGAGGUAUUUUGUUUAGCAUAUUAUCAUAACGAGGCUGUUUGCCUCAUUUAUUACAUAAUGUGACCGACCGCCUUCCCGACGUGAGGCGCGACUUCUACUUUACAUCGCGUGGUUAAGGGUCUAAUUCUGCAUAGACGGGUACGGUACUUCCUAGGUCAUCUUUAAGACUAACUCAAUUGUCGGGGAAGGUGGCUCUUGAAAGGUUAUCCGCCUACAACAAAAUAAAUUUCACCCUUGUGUGUGCAGUCUAUUAUUGAUUUCCUCGACGCCUAUAACACCAAAAUAUUCCGAAUCCACAACGUACUAGAUCGCGGUCGCAGGCGUAGUUAAUCUCACCAUGUCUACCGUCACAGCGACGGCGCUUCAGAGUGCCUUUCCUCCCAUAAUUCCCCUUUCGUUCAACUCGAACCAGCCGAACACGAUACGACUAUAUCCCCUCUCCAACUACACAUUCGGCGUUAAAGAGACCCAGCCGGAGGAGGAUCCGUCAGUAAUCGCCCGUCUGAAGCGACUGGAGGAACACUACAAUGCCCAUGGCAUGCGCCGCACCUGCGAAGGCAUCCUAGUUUGCCACGAGCACAACCACCCUCACAUCCUCAUGCUGCAAAUAGCGAACGCUUUCUUCAAGCUACCAGGCGAUUACCUUAGACCCGAGGACGACGAGGUCGAAGGCUUCAAGGCACGACUGGACGAGCGCUUGGCACCUGUAGGCAAGCUCGGCGAGGGCGAGGAGCCUGGCAAUUGGCAAGUUGGCGACUGUCUCGCGCAGUGGUGGAGACCCAACUUCGAGACCUUCAUGUACCCCUUCAUCCCCGCCCACGUCACACGACCGAAGGAAUGCAAGAAGCUCUACUUCAUUCAAUUACCUCACAGUAAGGUCCUAUCCGUGCCGAAGAAUAUGAAGCUAUUGGCCGUACCUCUAUUCGAGCUCUACGAUAACACUGCUCGAUAUGGACCCCAGCUCUCCGCGAUACCCCACCUUCUUAGCCGAUACAACUUCGAGUUUGUUAACGAGAAUGGCGAGAUUGUGGCUGCUACCCCGGGCUCGGGACCGGAGGACUUCAAUCUCAAGACUAAGGUCCUUGCUGGAGGUGAUGAAGACAUGAACGAUGUCAAGGAUGAGAAUGGCACAUCAUAGUUAUAAGCUGAUUAGCUUGUGGUGGGAAUCGGCUGAUAUAGAGUAGCCAGAGGGUUAUGGCUGCCACUGGAAGAGUCA